CAGAGGUGACAAGUGGAGGGGGUGAAAACAGAUAAGUGAGUUCGUAAUAGACUGCUGAAUGGAAGGACCCUACCGAACCGAAGGACCUGUUGUUCUACUGUCAUCUGUAUUUGGCUAAAUGAAACGUCAACAGGGCACAAUUGAUAGCAAGGAACACGCUCUUCCAGCUGUCCUUGUGUACAGGUCAGACUGUCAGAGGAAUCGUUGAAGUCAGGUUGGUAGUUCGACUAACGGUGCUGUAAUGUACUCAAAUUGACAAAAGAAAGGUGGAUCGUGUUCUUUAACAGAUGGGUCAGGCACUGUGGAGGCUACCUCCGAGACAACAGCAGCAGCUUCAGGAAGAGCUAGCUGACCGACUGGCUGACCGUGGAGGAAGAAGACGAGAGCAAGGGAGAGAUGCAGGUUCUCAGAGAAGAGCUCCCCAGCACUGCUAUGGGCCCGACAUCUACCAUCUGCUGAGAACACGCAGGGGAGGUAAGGAGCCACAUAGUUUUAUAGACUUGGAGAUGCUGCCACCUGAACUGGGCAUCACCAUACUGUCAUACCUGAAUGCUACUGACCUGUGCCUGGCUGGGUGUGUGUGGCAGGGCCUGGGAAAUGAUGAAUAUCUUUGGCAGGGGCUGUGUAAGUCCACAUGGGGGCACUGCUCCAUCUACAACAGAAGGCUGCCUGCUGGUUUCUCAUAUAGAAGACUAUACCUACAGCUAGAUGAAGGCAGCCUGACAUUCAAUGCUAACCCACUGGAGGGUAUCAGUUAUUUCAUGUCCAAAGGUAUACUAGUGGAUCACCCCACUGAGCUGGCAAAGUUCAUUUUCUACACCAGACGACUCAACUGGAAGAUGCUAAGGAUCUAUCUGGAUGAGAGGCGGGAUGUCCUGGACGAGUUGGUUACCCUCCAUAACUUCAGUAACCAGUUUCUCCCCAAUGCUCUGCGGGAUUUCUUCAGACACAUCCAUGCGCCAGAGGAGAGAGGAGAAUAUCUGGAAACCCUUAUUACCAAGUUCAGCCACAGGUUUUGUACCUGUAACCCUGGUCUGGUCCGAGAGCUGGGCCUCAGUCCUGAUGCUGUGUAUGUGCUGUGCUACAGCCUUAUCUUGCUCUCCAUCGACCUCACCAGCCCACAUGUGAAAAACAAAAUGUCCAAGAGGGAAUUUAUCAGGAACACUCGACGAGCAGCGCAUAAUGUCUCGGAUGACUUCGUAGGCCACCUCUACGAUAACAUCUACCUGAUUGGCCAUGUGGCUGCAUAGCUCCAGCUAUGAGCUGACCGCACUGCACUGAAGAAUAGGAACUGGCUUUCUAUACUUGCCUAGUAGUGUGGAACAUCUUGGAAAUGUAUUUUAACUAUUUUCCCAUCUUACAAGGAUGUGAAAUUUUUAUUUCUUUUUCUGGAAGACCAGAAAAAGAAAUAAAAUUGCCACUCCACUGUGAGAGAGACUACCAAAUGCUACCAAAUGUUAAUGUUGUUAGAUUUGACUUACAUGUAUCAAACAAUACAAUUUCUUUAAAAGCCAGUCACUGCAAAGAGGGAGGUUUGAAGUAGAGCUGUGAAAGUACUGCACUGGUGGACAGGGACUACUAAUUGGUUGAUGAAGGAGGAAGAGGAGGCGCUUUGUCCUCAGUCUGUUUCAGAUGUUAGGGUAAUUCUGCUGAUUUCCUUUCGGUUUGGUGUAGCUGCUGCAGCAUGAAGCCUGGCUCUCUCUUGUUGGUAGUGAAGUUAAAACAAAGCUAACACAAGAUCACCCACUAAUAUCACCAGUAUAAUAAGAAUGCCACAAUGGAAUAGUUUAGCAGUUUGAGCCUGUGGUAACAAUCUAACUCUUUUUUUUAAUAACAAUGAAAACAGCCCAAUGGGUUUCAUGCAAAAAUUGCAAGGCUUCUCAAGGGUUUUGGUGUUACACUGGAUCAGCUGCAGGGACACACUCUGGCGAAGUGGACAGUCGUAGAUGUUUUCCCCUCUAAACUGCUUUACUGACUGUGCCUAAAUAUGUGUCAGGAACCUCUGAACUAUAAUUUAACCACUGCAUUAUCAUCCUGAUGCAUAAUAUUUUGAACGUGGCACAUCUCCCUGCAUAAAGUAUCUCUUUGGUCACGGUGUGUCAGGGAGGCCAGCAGUGGCCGUGGUCAAACAAGAACAGGAUUGUAAGCCAGGAGAGCGGUUCGACAACAACAUUAAUUUGGCGGAUUUUGCAGCCUUGAAUGUAACACAGCUGGUUUUAGCUGGAGCCCAAACUUCUAAAUCAUUAAAAUGAUUCAAAGGAAAAGCAGAAAAUUUGCACAUUUAAACAUUUUUGCAUUUUAAGUGUUUCAGGUCUACUUCUGUUAUACAAAGUAUUCACAAUAUUGCAUGAUCUUUUCAAAUGCUGUGCUUGUCACAAUUUAAAUUUGAAAAGUAUUAGAAACUGUCAAGUAAAUGUAAAACUAAAAUGUAGUUUCCCCAAAAAAGUAUUUUACAUGAGUAGUUUCAGUUGAUAAAGGUUUAGGCUUCGUUUAAUUGCAAGUUGUGCAAUUACCAGAUAUGACAUUUGCAGCAUUUGACUGUGAUUGUUACACUCUAUCACAUUUUUGUGAACAUCUGCAGCUCUGGCCACGCACAAUGCUAAAUUAUUCUAGUCUGAAGACGUUAACACGCACGAACACUACACAAUGCCACACAUGUAACAGCGUUUUACCUGCAAUAUGUGGAAAAAACAAUCUAGCCAGCAGCUAGCUAGAUUGGUGUCAGUGCUGACAGCAUUUCCUCCUGUUUGCUGCUCCCUCCAUUUCUGUUAGCUAGCUAACGUGGCCACUGUUGAGGUAAACAAGUGUAAAGUUGUCCAUACUCAACUUUUGACAGAUACAAGUAUGCAAUCCAGGAAUUGAACACAUGUGUGCUCACUCAAAAUAACAAUUUUGUUGUACUAUCGUACAUGUGACAGUGCAGUGACAAUAAAGAUUUAUCUUAAAAUAGGAGGUAUAAUAUAGGAGGUAUGGAAGGAUGCAAUUUGAGACAACAAAAAAAAUUAUAGCGCCUUUAAUACAGCUGUGGCACCACUGUAGUCGAAUGGAUGAUUCCCAUUGAGUGACAGGAAGAUUUGUUCAUUUUAGUAGUGCAUUUAUUAGUGCACACCUGCAUGUGUGCUGUAAAACAAAUAAAGUGGAUUGUUUAAUAAUAUGGUGACACAAGUAAAAGCCAACAGGAAUGCAUAUUUUAUAUCUUCAGUUGAAAGUGAGUGUGUGAAUCAGAACAGAUGUUUGGCAGUGAUGGAGAGCCACUGCACUGUCAUUUGCACAGAAAGAGCUAAAGUCAAGUGUAGAAGUGUAGAAGCUUUCGCUGGGUCUUCUAGGGAGUUGACCUUGAAUAGGAAUGAAUGGCAAAGCUGUGAAUCACAGUGUGGUGCACGGUUUCUGAAACUGAUUUUAAAAAAGUCAGAUUGGAUCACUCAAAAAGGUGACAAAUGGCAAAUGUAUUCAGCCCAUUUACUGCAGUUUUAUUUCCUGAAGGCAGUGGUCUUCCUCUUCAUUCUGUGGCAUCAAUUACAUAUAAUGUAAUCCUUUAUUUUAAAUUAGUUAUGUGUUGGUUUGCUGGUUUGUUUUUUACUAACACUAGAACCACUUCAAAAGCAGUGCCGUUCCUUCAGAGAUGAAUGAGAUUACAUCACGGCACAUUUAUGAAUAGGACCCCCAGUCUCAAGUUUUAUUUAGCUUUCCAUUUAUGCUAGCUGUGCAGUCAUGCUAUCAAACAGUGUAAUUAGUGGAGCAGUAAUGUAACUGAGGAAAUAUAUUUAAAAUGAUGGGUUCCACAGUGCAGUGCAGUGUCGGAGCUGUUUUUAAUGGAUUUGUGUUAUAAGAGUAGGUAACACUACAACAGGGAGGAUGCAAGAGCAUCAUCCGUCUGGACAAUGGGAAACAGACGGGUGAAAUUAAAAGAAAAGACAGCAUGAAGUGUCAUAUUGAAGUGUUAGAUGCUGUCUGGACAGCUGUCAUUGAUGCUUUCUAGAACAAACAAACCUCAGUCUUUAUUAAUGGAGUUCUCUCUCAGAUGCAGAAGUCACUUUAGUUACUGCUCCUACUGAGCGGCGAGACACUUCAGCUGUCUUUGUUACUGAAGCUCCUGCCGUUAAUGCCCUAGCAGUAAAUCUAGUCUCAGCCUCUUAACUCUUUUCCUCCUGACAUGUUGGUACCAAGUCAGAAUCUGUUUGGUCUGAGCUGCGUUUUUGUGGACAUAGCUGGAUGCAGAUUUUAUAAUCGCCCCAUUCAGUGCAACCUUGUUGUUUUAGUCAGGGUUUUUUUUCCUUUCAUUUGUCACCUUUGACAAACUGCAGUGGUAAAUAUCUGUAAACGCCAACCUGGAGAAAUGGAAGUGUGUUAAUGUCUUUAAUGUCUAAAGAAUGAUGACCAUCAGACCUGCCACACAAUACGUGCUAGUAGCUUCUUCCAGUGAGUGCCAACAGCUAGCAUGUAGCCACAGCUAAAGGUGAAGUAUCACAGUGAUCACUGAUUGUAACCAUAGCAACAGAUGUUUUUCUGUUUAACUUUUUUGGUUUAAGGCUUUUUUUUAACCUCAUUGUUGCUAGAGUGUUGUAGUACAGCCAGCAGUUACUGGUUGUCUUUCAUUCUGUUCUUAAGAUUUUAAAUCUGAACUAAUUUUACUGAAGAUUCGUCAUCACUGAUUUAGGACUCAGUGAAGGAAGUCCACUCGUUUUCUUUGUUCUUACGCUGACAGACACAGUACACUGAGAAGCUCCUCCAAGGAUUUUCCUGAUAACUUUGAACCUGCGGAGUUUGAAACAAGUACAGCUUAAAAAAAAAAACACUUGUAAUUUAAUUCAGUCUGCUGUCUUCACGUCACUGAGAUUCUGUUCUUCUUCCCCUUUGCCAAUCUGAAGUGAAAGCUACUGCAUCAUGAGAAAUAUGACAAGAAGAAGCACUCAGAGUGCAAACCUGCAGCAAGGCAGCUCAUUCUCUGGGCAGUAUGUACUUUUAAAUUUUGUAUAUAUUCUUUUUGUUUUCUGUUCUUUUAAAACAUACUUUAAGUUUUG